AUGCUCCCGCGCUCCAGGUCUUCCUUUUCCGGCUCUCAAUGGGGCCUAUGGCAGGAUCUUGCCCUGCCUGGUCAUAGCCUUCCCACUUGCGCCCCACUGGUGCAGCGAGGUCCCAACUCCAUGGACAGACAAGAGAGGAGGAGACGGCGACAAAGCAAGAGGCCCUGUCAACUGAAUCGCCUCUACACGGAUAUCGAACUCGAGCCCGAAGUCGUGACGAUCUCCCCGGACAGGGAGGCUCCCGCUGAUAGAACAACUGCGCGACUCUCUGGCAGGGCCACCGAAGGAGUCAGCCCUGCCACCACUGAGACAUCUGUCGCAGUGGAAAGCUCACGCCAUCCGAGCAGUGUAUACGGGUUGCCAACUCAACCAGCUGGUGGAGAGUAUUGGGUAGAGCCCUUUGGGCCGCCGAGUGCCGAGGCACAACUCACACCCAAUGAGGUUCAGCGACUCAAAUUUAUCCGGUGGAAAACGCGACACCCUCCUCCCACGACGGUGUAUCUGCGCCCAUACUUACGGGAGUCUGCUGGCCCCUCCUCCUCUCAUGAGACUUCAUUCGCCGGACUUGGAUGUGCAGCCAUUAUGACAAAAGCAACCGGACAGCCUUUGGAUGCCAAUCCAUGCCCCGCGUCUAUGAAGCCCAGCAACGCGCAUGAAGAGACCACGACCCGACCUCGUCGCAGAGCCAAGCAUGCCAGCAGGCCGGCCAAGAAGCAGCAUCAAGGAGUUGAGCUCUGCACAGAUGGAGAGAGUGAAUCCUCCCCAUCCACUCUCUCUUCCUUUUCAGAUGAACUCGGAGAGUUCGCAAGCGAAAUGACGGUUGGCAGCUUAGUUCUUCGGUCAGUGAGACCACUGCCGCCGCCAACGACACUUGCUGCCUCGUCUAUGGCAACGGGGAUGGCACCGGUUGAUGCCACCUUUACUGCUUCGACCCCAGCCACCGAGGCCUCCGGGGCAUCUGGCUCCAAGACCGAGGACCCACUUGGUCGCACGCCUCUACCUCGACGACGGCCGGCACAAGUGGCUAACGAGGAGAUUGCGGAGGGCAUCACCCCGGCUGGGAUUCCCUACCAACUGCCGAAACCAGUGCCUAAGAAGAGACCGGCCCCGGCAGGCCUGUCCUCCCAUGGGCCUUCUGCACCACCAUCGCCUCCACAGACUUCAGUCUCCAAGGAGCCCUCUACACUGAACUCCGACUGUGCCGACCCACAGGAAGUCAUCACCACCACGGCUCCAGAGACUCAGCCUCCUGUCCAGGACACCGUGGUCACCACGGUACCGCUGCCUACAACUUCUACUUCGGAUGAAAGGAAGCAGACUCACCCGCCGGAGAAGGUGAAGCGGACCAAGAAGACCACCACGAGUAAAGGCGAUGCAACCACCCGUGGACCGACACAGCCACCGAAGAAGAAGCGGGGACCUAAAUCCAAAAUCGGUCCCAAGCCGCGCCCUGCACAGACAGCCGACGUGUACGACCCUGACUACAAGCCUGACCCGGCAAGUCGCCCAAAGCGACGAAGCAAGUGGCUGAACAUCGGCCUAGAUGAGACUCCUGUUGAGACCCCGAAGCGAGGCACAGCCACAGGGGAUUCGAUUUCGGCCAGUGCUGGGUCCAUGCAGACCCAGACGUCGGCCUCAUCUGCAAAGAUCCGCAGACCAACGACUCGCGUCAACUUCGACGUACUGUUUGGCGAUCCUGGCGCCAGCUCCUUGGAAGCCUCCCACGGCGGAGCCUUUGGAUUGCUGGUCCCGUGGACUGGCCCCUCGCGCGUUGGCGAGGUGGCGGCAGGCAUUGGCGAGUUCUCUUCAGCGUCCCGGAUGUACGGAACUGGCUUGCUGCUAAUCCCUGUCGCACCAUCUCUGAAGUCAAUCAGUGCCUGGCAGCACCCCACCGUCUCUUUAUCUGUUCGACAAAUGUGGGCCGCCUACAAGGAUUGGAAGCGAGCCACGCGGGCUGCCAAGACGGCACAGAUGCAGGCACUUACACAGAGUAUGCAAGAGGCCACAGACAAAGGAGACGUUAGGGCACUCUUCCGUCUUGCCGCCAGUCUCUCUCCGCAGAAACGGCGCCCGCGCCUUCAACUGCGAGGGCCCCAGGGCGAGCUUUGGACGCCCCAGCAACAACUGGAUUGCUUGAGACAACACUAUGAGGCCCUGUAUGCCUCUCCGGACACCACUGACACCACGAUCUCCUCUACUGGUCCGCCUCUACCUACGACAUCUCCCACCAUUUCCUUCCCCGACUUUACUGUCACCGAUGUUCUUGAAGGCUUGCUGAAGCUACCGCCGCAUAAGGCUGCGCCUCCAGGCAAGGCGACAAGCAGUUCUUGGGUCUUAUGUGCUCGAGAGCUCGCACCAUGGCUACAUCACAAAAUUUCACAUCUUGACCAGGUGCCAUCCGACUGGCGCGAUGCUUGGAUGAGCUUGCUACCGAAAGUGACACAUCCCAUGAAACCCAAGGACCUGCGCCCACUCGGCAUCACUGAAAUUUCUGGACGUGUUGCUGCCGGCCUGGUCCAAAAAGAGCUGCGACCUUACUUGGUCGAACUCCUGGCAGCGGAACCGCAGUUCGCAUAUGCACCAGGAAGAUCCACAGACGCUGCUUUGUCACGCGUCUUUGCACAUUGUGAGAAGGUCAUUGAAAUGUGCACCCCUGCACCCUACAACAUUCUUGACUCUCGCUUCGCGCCUGCAGCCAAGCCCUUGGCAUCAGGAGGUCUCACCUACCACCUGACGAUACAGGGGAUGAAGGCGAGAAUCCCAGCAGGGCGCGGAUUACGGCAGGGCUGCAGAAUCUCUCCAUUAGUGUGGAGCAUGGCCACAAUUGUGCUGCUGCAUGACUUGGGUGACCGCAUAGGAGAUCACCAUUGGGUCCGAGCUAUGAUCACCGCUUUCGCGGAUGAUAUCCAUGGUGGCGAGUUGAUUACAACCACUGCACAACUUGACAAACUCCUUAUCAAUUUGGGACACCUGCUUGAUGUGCUGAUAGUUUUGCUGCAACGUGGAAAAGACGUCAUGUUCGGCAGACAAAGGUUAGCUUCGAUCGCUUGCAACAUUCCACAGCGGGUCUUCCCAUAUGCCGGCUAUGCCAAAAACGCUUUUCCAGGUGGACUGGUCUCCGUGCUCACAUUGAACAAGGAUGGUCCGGCUAAUGCCUUGCCCACUGCUCCGAGUGUCACAAGUGCACUCACCACCACGGUGCAGACUGUUGCACCGCCUGACGUCUCACCAGACAUCGCACAGCCCGUCGUUACGCAGGAUCCUGAGCUACGUGAUGAGGUUCGUCACCACUGCCCUGAGUGCUCACAGUGGUGCUCUUCUCCUGCCGGAGUCAUGACCCUGCCAGCCACGGGCAACAUGGCGGCGACACCCCCGCCACAGCCGGAGGCUUCGAUCAAUGCCAAAAAUCAGGAGUUGGAGAUGUUUGGCCACCUUUUCAACAGCUUCAGCAACACGGCAACGAGCGGCCAGGCUGCGCAGAAACGCCCACGACCCGAACAGAGGGAUGCUGUCAUGACUCCAGUGCCCGACGAAGCCUCCCUUCCUCGAUCGACAGCCACACCGACAUCAAUCCCCAAGGGCAAAGGCAAGGUCAAGGGGCAGGGCAAGCAUGCAGGCAAGAGCAAGGGCAAGGGCAAAGGCAAGAGCAAGGGUCCACAGUCCUCCACCGAGGUGACAAAUCGCACGGAUCCUUGGACUCUGGAUACAUGGACCGAUCCGGACUCGUGGAGCAUGAGCGGAUGGUCCGUGCCGAGCCUGACCACAGCGGAGUCUUCCAGCACCCUGUUGAUGCAGGUUGCCCGAAUGACAUUACGGCACGAGCAGCAACUUCAUAUCCUCCAACAAGACACUCGACUCUUCCUGUAUCUCAAACCGAACCAGGAGUACUCCGUGCUACCGAUGAUGCUGCAGCUCGCGACGGAAUGGAGACAGACGAUGGAAACCACUCCGACAAAGCUCACGAUGUCACUACGGGAGAUUAUGAUACGGGGUCUGCUCAGGGAGUGGAAAACCCGCCUUCAGGCCUUCCAGAAGAGCGAGGAGACCAAGAUCACAGGACAACGCCUGCAGUGGUUGGACAGCCUGGGGCAUUGGAACUACAUGCAUUGGUGCCCGAUCAAGCAGGAACUAGUUCUGACGGAGCGCCAGGAAUCCAGGUCCACCGAAGAGAUCUUGACCAUGAUCCAGGAGAUGGAGGAGCUGAUCACGGGAGACUCUAUCAAGAACUUCAAGUCCAUGAGACAACUUCGCGAGUCAUAUCAAACGGACUGGGUGCAGUUCCUGGUGGAAGUUCAGCUACGCGGACCAGGCGACAAAUUGUGGACUAUUUUCAACGAUCUCAUCGGCAGUGCAGCGCUCCACCUUCUUGCCGCCCGACUCCGGCGGAACCGCUAUCCGUACUCGGGCCUAGCCCAGAGCAUCCAGGCCCAGGUCUGGUGA